UGGCGUGCUUCCCCUCAACUCUGGUAUGUGGUCUCUCGAGUCACUUCCACAGAGCUCAGACCAUAUAAUAUGUCUCUUUCCAUGAUGCAGCAGACAGAAUCUAAACUGGAGACGAGAAUAGCAACUCAGCAAAGAAAACUGUUGAACUCAGAAAUUCACUGCAACUGAAGAAGAAAAAGAAGAAAACUGCAGCUGGCUUACUGGUAUACCUUCUGACACAACAGCCACACUGCAACUACAGUCUACAGAGUCAAGAUCAUCAUGAAUACUGCAAUGACUGUUAUUGUUCUUCUGGUGUGCUCAGACGUCAUCUGCAUGAUACAAGGGAGAACUAUAGAAGAUCCUCGGUGCCGGUGUCCUACAGUACAUACAGGGGGGGUGAAUAUCAGUUUAAUCAGGAAACUGACCUAUUACCCUCCUCGCUCACACUGCUCUAAGGAAGAACUCAUUGUCACACUGAAAUCCGGAGGUUUGCUCUGUCUCGACCCAAAUGGGAGCUUUGCCAAAAAACUGAUUAAAGGACAGACCAAAGUAAAUCAACAGCGUCAGAAUCAACGUUCCAUUGAGACUCUCUCCACACAUACUACCACUAGCACUUGAUUUGUCUGGCACUGGAAGCUGUUCCACCCUGCAAACCCUCUAGGGGCUUGCCUCUGAAGCGGGGUUGGCCCAGGUCGAGCCAAGAAUGGGAGACCGUAACCAGAACGACUGGUGUCGGAGCACCAGUAGGGGGCACUGUUUCCUCUGGUCCAAAGAGACAUAAAUCCUUUCCUGCAUUGACAUUACCCACUGGCCUAAUGGGUGGAAUGUAAUUCAUGUUUCAUAAUUUCAUAAUUAAUUAAUGUAUAUAUUUUUUUUGUUGUUGCCGAAAAUCCGGUGUUUCUAUGUGAAACAGUUUUGUUAUAUUUCUGUCUUCUGUGGUGUAUAUUGUUAGGUUCUAAAUGAACCUAGUAAAACUCUCUUGACGGUUAGUAAAGCUUAAACCAAGUUUAUUCGCCCAUUGGGUCAAUACAGCUGCUUCAGACAAAAGACAGAUUCACACAAGCACUGAUAUUUAACCCUUUAUCCUAUGCUGAGUCUCCUCCUACACAUCUGAAUAGCCAAUACAUCUCUGUUGCUAGACAGAACCUUAGUGAUACCUGUUCUUCCUCACUUCAUCUGACCUGACCUCUAACCCAAAGUGCUUACUCCUCUUAUCAGUGCUGCCACAUGUGAUCAUUUUCCCUGCACUCAGCACAUUCCAAGCUUAAUUGCACCCACCAUAUACCUUCCUCCUACAGAUAACCAUGAACUUCUGGUGUAAACCCUCUCCAGACCAUAUCACUCAAUAUUUUAAUAGGAUACCUGAUAAUUAACCCUAUUUCAAGUUUUAGGAGUCAGAACCCAGAAUCCAUCAAUAUAAAGUAAAAUAUUUGGGUGCAAACUCAAAAUGAUAUACAUUUCAACUAUAUCUGACAUGAUACAGGUGUCUUCUUUUUUAAGCCCAUAACCAUGUGUGUGAAGUAUAUACUUUUGUUUCAAAUGUGGAUUUGUUUAAGACUACCAAGAAACAAUCUGUGUGACCCUGAUAUAGCCCACUGCAGUAAAAGGUUUAAAUCAAUGCGUCAGGACAGUGAUGGAGACACUGCCCUACGAAGAGUGCCAUCCUUUUAUAUAUCUUUAUUAAUGUUUAUAUAUACAGUAUAGGAAUAAUAUAAUAGUAUUGUUGAUAUAAAACCUGUCUUUGAGGUAUUUAUUUUCAAAGGAAUUUCAUAAGUUUCUUGUCUGUAUACAAAAGGUGUUUUAAAAAUAAAUAAAACAAACAAUAAUAGGACAUAGAUUAGUUAGUUGAUCAAAUAAUGGAUGUACACAUAUCACACCUUGAGCACUGCACAAUGAUUGUAUUCUUGGACAAAUGUACUUUAUUUAAUACAACUUUUAACGAAACAGUA